AUGCCGCAAGCUUGUGGACGGACGUCUGCGUGGCUGGACAAUGACGCGCGUCCAGAGCUACAGACGCUACAUGGACGCAUUCUUCGGUUUGUGCUGCUGUGGUACCUGUUCGGACUGUGGAUUGUCGGGCUGGCAUCGUUCAUAGGUAUUUGGACUGCAGCCACGCCGCUACCUGUUCUUGUCCAAGUGUAUCUGGUUGGUAUGAUCGCGUACGAAAGUUAUCAUUAUGUGACGCGGAACGCGCUGCAUGAAUGGCCGCUAAUUCGACGCGUGGUGCGCUACGUGUUCCUGCAUUACCCGUAUUUUCGACUGAACGCUGUGGCUGCAGCUGCAGCUAUCGAAGAAAACGAUGUGACCCCGUACGUCGAGCCGGACAAGCGCGCGUUAUUUACUUUCCACCCACACGGAGUACUGACCUGCGGGUUCUCGUUCAACGGUGCUCAUCACAUGGCCUUCCAGCGUGCGGCGUGCCGCUGGAUCUCGGCUGAGAACCUCUUCUACUUCCCGAUAAUGCGUGACAUUUUGCAUUGGAUGGAGUUCAGCAGUAGCACCAAAACCAGCAUGGAGAACACCAUGCGUACAGGUCAGAACUUAUGUCUACUGCCCGGAGGCUUCGAAGAAGCUACGCUCUAUCAGCGAGGCAAGCACCGCGUGUACAUUCAGAAGCGCUUCGGAUUCAUCAAACUGGCGCUUCAGCAUGGCUACGACAUCUACCCGGCGUACACAUUCGGCGAAGAGUACACCUAUCACGCGUUUCCUUAUCUGCAGUGGCUACGCUUGCAAUUGAACCGGUUCCGAAUCCCGGGCGUUAUCUUCUUCGGGAUUCCGUUCUGCUUCUUCAUGCCACGCUCGGACGUGGACCUCAUUACCGUCAUCGGUAAGCCGCUGCGCCUUCCACACAUUGACAACCCGAGCAGAGAUGAGGUGAAGGAGAACCACGACAAGUACGUCGAGGCUCUGCGUGACCUAUUUGACAGGUACAAAUGUGUCUACGCUGCUGACCCUGACGCCGAAUUAGAAAUUUUCUGA